GAGAUCGCGUAACCUUAGGGAUUCGCCCGCUGAGUCCAAGAAAUAUCAAACGACUAUUAACUGCCAGAAAUUUCGAAAAAAGGGAUGGAGCCUAGGAAACCACAAUCAUGGCAUGCUUUUUAAUUUUCGUUAGGCUCAAGCGGAGUGCUUGUUUGAAUUGUCAGAUCUCUCGGAUCGCACGAUUCUUGCAAGGUCACGCUCUCAUCGGCCCAGAGCUCUUGACUCCCCAUUCUCUCGAAGUAGUGAGACCUGCAGCUGACCGAAAAAUGGCUGAGAGGAAAUAGAAAUGGUGGAAACAUUGCCAGUCAUGCUCCGCGCUCGUGGCUUGAGGGCUGGGCGGCUGUACGACCACACUACUUUUUAAGAAGGCCGAUCCCCGGCUUUUCUGUUUUUAGAAUUGGAAUGCCAAUUUAUAUAUUCAAUCAGCUCGAGAUGUUUUUUGAGCGCGACAACCUCUUCUCAACUUCAGCUGGCUUUGUUGCGGUGUCUGCAACUACAACUUCAAAUACUCAAUUCUCGCCGUCCUCUUUGGUCAUCAAGAUUACCAAGGCCUCACUUUCAACCACGCCCAGUCUUUCCUCGCCAGCUGGGCAGAGCUCAACACCCUACUCCAACUUCACUACCCCACCAUGGCAGGACCCAAUAUCUACUUCAUCGAAAGGCCUCGCAAUUGGGGCAAAAGUUGGGAUCGGGAUUGGGGUUACACUUGGUGUCUUGCUCUUUCUCGUUGCUCUAGCCAUAGUAUCUCUCUAUCAUCGCCGACGUCAUCGUCAGCGUCCCCCAGGAAAUAACAACACAGACCCAAAAUCCAAUAUCCACGAGAUGAUAACGAAUUCGAAUCGGCACGAACUUCCCACGAAUUACAACAUCCACAAGACGGAGCAAGAGAAUCAAGAUGGCUUGACCACGCUUCGGGAGAUAACCCUCAAGCCACACCAAGAGAGGCAUGAGCUGGACCCCAGCAGCCGAAGUAUGGGGUCUGAGUUACAAUUGAACUGGUAUCCUUCUCCUUCCGAGCUGGAAGCGACUCCAUCUCGCAACCAAGCAGAGGCUGCUCUCUCUCCUCCCGGAAAACAGGAUUCGGUCUCUCUAAAGCCAGUCGCACCAAAGCCCGAGCAGGGGAGCGAUGAGGGAGGCACGCGAAAUAUACCAGAUAUAGUUGAGCGAAUUAGGAUUAAGAAAGAGAGGCUGUGGGAAUUACAAGAGUUGCAGCACCUAGAGGAGAUUGCAAACAGAUAUAAUUCAGAUAACGUGAGAAUGACAGGCGGAGAAGGUAGUGGAAGUGGCACUGGGUAAUCUUUCAUUGAGAUAAUGGAGGCAUUUGGAAGGAUUUUUGAGU